CGGCGUCCCCAGCUGCCUGCACUCGCCGUGCCCACUGCUUCCCACUGUCCCCUCUGUCCCUUCCAGUCCCACGAAGGGAGUGGGCCCGGCCAGGGCAGCGUCUUCGAGACACGAUGUUCACAUCCAAGUCCAACUCCGUGUCGCCUUCGCCGUCCCUAGAGCAGGCCGACGCGGACGCGCUGGACAUCAGCACCAAAGUGCAGCUCUACGGGGUUCUGUGGAAGCGGCCGUUCGGGAGAUCGUCGGCCAAGUGGUCCCGACGGUUUUUCAUCAUCAAAGAAAGCUUUCUGCUUUACUACUCUGAGAGCGAGAGAAAGAGCUUUGAAACCAAUAAAUACUUCAAUAUUCACCCAAAGGGUGUCAUCCCACUGGGCGGCUGCCUGGUGGAGGCCAGAGAAGAGCCCAGUAUGCCCUAUGCCAUGAAGAUCUCACACCAGGACUUCCACGGGAAUGUCUUGUUGGCUGCUGAGUCUGAGUUUGAGCAGACACAAUGGCUUGAAAUGCUGCAGGAGUCUGGGAAGGUGACCUGGAAAAAUGCCCAGCUAGGAGAAGCUAUGAUCAAAAGCCUGGAGGCACAGGGGCUACAGCUGGCUAAGGAAAAACAGGAAUAUUUAGACAAGCUGAUGGAGGAGACAGAAGAACUGUGCCUUCAGAGGGAGCAGAGAGAGGAGCUUGAGCGCCUGAAUCAGGUGCUGGAGGCUGAGAAGCAGCAGUUCGAGGAGGUGGUACAAGAGCUGAGAGUGGAGCAGGAGCAGAUCAAGAGGGAGCUAGAACUCACUGCAAGAUGCCUCAAGGGCGUGGAACAAGAGAAGAAGGAGCUGAGGCACCUCACAGAAUCCUUGCAGCGUACACUGGAGGAACUCUCUAUAGAGAAGAAGAAAACCCUAGAGAUGCUGGAGGAAGAUAAGAACCAACCACAGCCCUUGACCAAUCAGAGUGAGCAGCCACUGGCUAAUGAUGGUCUCCAUAGCAACCUCAGGCAGAUCGAAGAGCGGAUGCAGGAGCUUUUGGCAGAGAAGCUUCUGGCAGAGAAGAGGAUGAAGGAGAAUGAGGAACGCUCCCGGGCCCUGGAGGAGGAACGGGAGUUCUACUCAAGCCAGUCUCAAGCCCUGCAGAACUCGCUGCAGGAGCUGACUGCAGAGAAGCAGCAGGCCGAGCGGGAACUCAAGGCUGAAGUGAAAGUACGCAUGGACCUUGAGAGACGACUCCGGGAGGCAGAGGCGGCCUUGCGGAGCCUGGAGCAAGGCCUCAAUUCCAAGGUUCGGAACAAGGAGAAGGAAGAGAGGAUGCGUGCUGAUGUGAGCCACCUGAAAAGGUUCUUCGAGGAGUGCAUCCGGAAUGCAGAGCUGGAAGCCAAGAUGCCAGUUAUCAUGAAGAAUUCUGUGUACAUCCACAAGGCGGCCACUCGCCGAAUCAAGAGCUGCCGUUUCCACCGCCGCCGGUCCAGCACUUCCUGGAAUGACAUGAAGCCAUCCCAGUCCUUCUUGACCUCCCAGCUAGAAGCCAACAACAUAGAGGAGCUGAAAGAGGUGGCCAAGAGGCUAAGCAGAGACCAGCGCUUCAGGGAAUCCAUCUAUCACAUCAUGGCCACCCAACCUGGGGCCUCUGCACUUCCCAGGGGAGGAAAGUAAUGGCAACUCCUCCCCCUCCUUGGUGGGACUCCCCUUGGUCCUCUCCACCAGAGUACUGCUGGGGGAGGGCCACCCUCAUUCUCAAAGGAGGCGAUACCUCCUCUGCCUCACCCAGAGCCCCGACCUUGGAGGUCAGAAGAGAGUAUUGGAAGAGAGUAUUGGAUUCCCUGGAACUGGAGUUGUGGAUGGUUGUGAGCUACAGUGUGGGUACCGGAGUCAAAUCUGGGUCCGCUGGAAGAGCAGCAAGUGCUCUUAACCACUGAGCCAUCUCUCCAGGCCCAAGCCCUGACCUUGGUGGUGUGGGUCCACUCUGGGUGCUACCUGGUUGUCAUGAUGAGGCCUGGCUCUGUGUGGUAUCUGUUGGUCAAGAAGAGAAGUCGUCUAUUCCAUGAGGACUGAAAAGUUCCUCUGGUACCUACCAUACCCCUUGGUGACUCUGCUGCACUGACCCUGGUCACAUGACACCUUCUAACUCUCUCUUCGAUCCUGAUCCUCCAAUACAACAUUUGUCCAGGCCCUGAACUUACGUCCUUGGAGAGGGAAGAGCAGGCCCUAAAACUCAACCCCAGGUUCACAGCACCCCACACCCUCUCUGUAGUAUUCCUCGGGGCUGCCCUGGCUGUAAGGCCACCCAGGUCUCCUAUUCACAAAUGGGUUUCUCCAUACAUAGCUCCAGCAACUUGCUGGAGGGUGCAGGAGACAUGUGUGAUCCAGGGUUUUCCUAAAGGACACACAGCCAGAUCAGGAGUGAAAAAGCUUUUGUAUUAGCCACAGUCAGGCAGAACUACAGCUGCCUCAGGCUCUUGUGACCCUGUUGCUCUGAGAUCACAGAGGUCUGUCUCUCUCCUAGCUGGCUCACCUUGCUGCCUCCUCUCCCUGCAGUGGCCUCACUCUGAACCAAUGUAGCCAGGAACCCACCACAUAGGAACAUGGGCCUGUGGGGUACCAGUAGCCGUUGGUUGGUUCAGUGUUGUCAAAGUGACACUGUAACACCAGCCUGCAGGUUUUAUGGAUGACCACUACCCUUCAGGAGGCCAAGAACUGUGGAAUGUGUUUCUUAUCUGUGACAGUCUUUUGGGUGCAUCCCUCAGAAGUUGCCUGAGUCUAUCAUUCUUGCC